AUUGGUGUGGGCGUUAGGAGAUAUCAGCUCCAAGCUAAAGCAAGCAAUUGAGGAACUUAAUGGAUCUCAGAAUAAUGCGAGCUCGUCACAGAUGUACACCUUUAAAUGCAUGUUUGAUGGCAUUGCAUGCAAAAUUGAAGAGUUGCAUGAUCUACUGGAAAUGAAACUAGUAUGCACUCUUACCACCAUCCUUAAUAUAAAUCGCUGCUCAUAAACUUCUUUCCUCCAAACAAUGGCCUCCAAAGAUGACGCUAAACCUGGCGACGGCCCUCGCCGCCCAACCCCGACUCAUCCUCCCUACGACGAGAUGAUUGCUACUGCGAUCCGAUCGCUCUGCGAGGAAGGCGGAUCAUCAGUGUCUUCGAUAUCAAGCUACAUUCAAGCCAACUAUGCAGGUCUUCCAAGCGGACAUGAUAGGCUGCUGCCAUUCUACCUGAACACGUACACCGCAAACGGAUUAUUCAUGGUUAGUGGACCGGGCCACUACAAUCUUAGUUUGACGGGCGGCCAUCAACAGCAGGAUGGCGGCGGCACGGCAGCAGCACCCGACCAACCGCCACCACAACCCUAACUCCCGAAACAUCAAAUGGAAUGGUUCAUGGAGGAGAAUAUCUAGUGGAGAAAGAAGUGAGAAAUACUAAAUAUGCCGCUGGUCAAUACUAAAAUUUUUAGGAAUAUAGCUUAUGUAUUGUGGAGAAAGAAGUGAGUAUUGUUAACAAUAGUAAUUAAAUUACUCUUCAGACCUCUGUCGUG